UGAGCACUCAUGUGCAUGGAAGGCGUCGAUCGAUACAUAUGUAUGUACUUAGGUACAUAGAUACGCCGGUACUAGGUACCUGGUACUUCAACUUGAGUCUUCAAGUUAGUAGUCAUCAAUCGCCCCACCUAAACGAUCCGGUCGCAACUUGCAAGUUCCAGAUGUCUUAUUUCUGUCACUCUGCCCCUCAGAGGCUCAGCCCCUCCAAGGAGAAAGUACGUACAUUCUAAAAACCACCCCACCAAAAUUUAGUCUGCGCAACUUGAACAGUCAAAUUACGAGGUGUCUACUGAGAAACACAGCAAUUAGAUACUUUUCUCUUUGACAGAACUCAUACACAUAUCAAACUUUGUAAAGGCGACCCCUUAUAUCUAUCACCAUGCUCGACGUUCAAGAUUUCAUCACCGAGAGGGGUGGCAACCCUGAAAAGAUCCGCGAGUCUCAACGCCGCAGAUAUGCCAAGGUCGAGGUCGUCGACGAGGUCAUUGAGAUGUGGGAGGACCACCGCCGCACCCAAUACGCCGCGACUCAGAUGAACACUAAGAUAAACGACGUGAACAAGCAGAUCGGUGCUAAGAAAAAGGCUAAGGAGAACGCCGACGAGUUACUCCAACAAAAAGCCGACCUCGAAAAGGAGAAGAAGGCUCUUCUCGACUCAGCAGUUCAGAAAGACAUUGCGCUCAAGGCUAAAAUCAAUACUAUUGGUAACAUCGUUCACGACUCAGUCCCCAUCAGCGAUAACGAAGACAAUAAUGCAAUCCUGCGAACGUGGGCCCCAGAAGGUGUCAAGGUAGAGAAGAAGGAAGUGCUUUCACAUCACGAGGUUCUCUUGCGACUAGAUGGCUACGAUCCUGAUCGUGGAGUCAAGGUCGUUGGUCACAGAGGUUACUUCCUACGACAAUGGGGCGUCUUCCUCAACCAGGCUCUCAUCAACUACGGUUUAGAAUACCUCUCCAGCAAGGGCUUCACCCCGUUACAAACACCCCAGUUCAUGCUCAAGGACUACAUGGCCAAGACUGCCCAACUAGAACAGUUUGACGAGGAACUUUACAAGGUGGUUGACGGCGACGCGCAGAACGACAAGUACCUUAUCGCCACUUCCGAACAGCCCAUCUCUGCUUUCCACGCCGACGAGUGGAUUGUUGCCAAGGACCUGCCUAUCAAAUAUGCCGGAUUCAGCACGUGCUACCGGAGAGAGGCUGGUUCUCAUGGUCGUGAUGCUUGGGGUAUCUUCCGUGUCCACCAGUUCGAGAAGGUGGAGCAGUUCGUGCUCACGGAUCCCGAGAAGUCUUGGGAGAUGUUUGAGGAGAUGUUCACCACUUCCGAAGGGUUCUACAAAUCACUCGGUCUCCCGUAUCAGGUAGUCGCCAUCGUCUCGGGGGCCUUAAACAAUGCAGCGGCUAAGAAGUUUGACCUGGAGGCGUGGUUCCCAUUCCAAGGAGAGUACAAAGAGCUUGUGUCGUGUUCCAACUGCACAGACUACCAGUCCCGCGCCCUCGAGAUUCGGUUCGGACAGAAGACACAGACGGAUGCCAGAAAGAAAUACGUUCAUUGCCUGAACUCAACGCUGUGUGCCACGGAGAGAGCGUUGUGCUGUGUCCUUGAGAACUACCAAACUGAAGAUGGUCUCCGAGUUCCCGAACCGUUGCGGAAGUAUAUUCCAGGCGCCCCCGACUUCAUCCCUUUCACCAAGGAACUACCCAAGGAUACAACUUCGGCGAAGGCCAAGGGCAAGGGAGACAAGGGAGUUAAGCAAAAGGCAGCUGCCGCAGGAGCUGCUGUGGCGGAAGCUGGGGAGAAGUUAAAAGAUUUGGCUGUAUAACUGACUAACCUAGGUUAGAUUAUAGGGCAAGUCAGAUAUCAAUUAAAGAAUCACAUACUUUGCCCAUAUAAGAGGCUAGGGACAUGAGGAUGAUGCCAGGAAUAUACUUGAUUGCUUUCUACACAAUGAUACUCGAUGAACGUGUUGUCAUGGGGUUAGGUAGAGAUGGUAUCCGCAUUCUUAUUCUUCUUUGGCAAUGUCGGGAGGGUAGUAGCAAUUACUAAGUAUGUAUCUUGAAGCUACAUAUGAGAACUUGAGAAGUCGAGAAACUUUAAUUGUGAGGCUUUCGCGCUUGGGCGGUUUUGGAAUGCUGCAUUAUGUAUCCGUAAGAUAAAUAUGGGUGGACCUGUAUAUUAAAAGGAUAAGAUCUAAAGAUCAGACCUUGUUACUGAAAUAUUCUUAAAUAUAUAACCAUAAUGCUUCGC